CUAACUAAUAGCUGUUCGCUGGAAUUAUAACGAGCGUUAUUUCUGAGGACAUGCUGUCUGUAUUCUACUGUUUCGUUCUCACCGUUUUGGCUUCCCUAAUACCAGAAGGACGAGGUAACUGCCGUAGUUUAUUGUUUACUACUUUUCCUAAACCUGGCUUCCGGUUGGAGAAUCACACGCUUCGAACUAUUGAAGUUGUUAACGAGGAUCUCUGCAUGUUCCAGUGCUACCUGGAACCUAACUGCGUCAGUUAUAACUUCUGUGAGAUAAAACAGUCGUCUGGAAAACAUGAGUGUGAUCUGAAUAACGCAACUAUUGAACAUGAUGAAGACCUGGUGAAAAACGAAAGUUACAUUUACCGCGGAGCAGAGAAUGCUUGUAAGAGAAAUCCUUGCAAAAAUAACGCAACAUGCCAAGCUGGGUUUACAGACAGAAACUAUCAGUGUUUGUGCGUUGAUGGAUCUAGAUUUAAAGGCCAUGAUUGUGAUGAGGGAUUUACAGCUGUUUUUACAAAUCUUGGUAAGAGUGGAACAGAGGGUCCAGACUCAGUUGGCAGUCACUACACGGGUCAGGAUCAUGACAGACAAGUUACAGUGUCCGGCGGUAUUCAACUGUGGACGGUGCCACAAACUGGCGAAUACAGAAUAGAAACAAUAGGAGCCUCAGGGGGGUACAGAUUUAAAGCUGUUUUUACAAAUCUUGGUAAGAGUGGAACAAAGGGUCCGGACUCAGUUGGCAGUCACUACACGGGUCAGGAUCAUGACGGACAAGUUACAGUGUCCGGCGGUAUUCAACUGUGGACUGUGCCGCACACUGGUGAAUACAGAAUAGAAACAAUAGGAGCCUCAGGGGGGUACAGUGAGGACAGUGUCAUCAACGGAGGGAGAGGGGCGCGGAUGAUUGGAAACUUUAUGUUGACCAAAGAUGAGAUCAUUCGUAUACUUGUUGGUCAAAGAGGGGAAAAAGCGUAUUCUAACAAAAAAACUGGCUCAGGCGGAGGAGGUACAUUUGUAGUAAGAGGAGACAACAAGCCUUUGAUCAUAGCCGGAGGUGGAGGAGGAGUUGCUAAAAUGACAGAACAACAUUCAGGAUGUGAUGCGUCCAUAAACACAACAGGGAAUGCAGGGUAUAACUCGCCAUUCCUGUCAGGAGGAAGUAACGGAAAUGGAGGACAAACUGAUAAACCGCACUCUGGUGGUGGCGGCGGCGGCUUUUACAGUAAUGGAGAAGACUCAGAGAAAUCUGGUGGAGGGGGAAAGGGAGGUAAAGGAUUUCUGAACGGGGGAGAGGGGGGAGCACAUCGGGGUGGGUUCGGAGGUGGGGGUGGAUAUCGUGCAGGUAAUGAUUUGCCUGGGGGGGGUGGAGGGUACUCUGGGGGAAGUGGAGGUGCGAAUAAAGAUAUUUCCUGUGGGGGAGGGGGAGGUUCUUUCAACAACGGAACAAAUCAGCAAAAUGAAUGUUGUUAUAAUACUGCUGGAGAUGGUGAAGUGAUCAUAACAUUUCUCCACUGA